AGUACCAAUACCUCAAAAUUGUAUUUAAGUACAGUACUUGAGUCUGUCAUUAUUACAGCCACUUUUAUAAAACUUUCAACCACCACUGUGAUUGUCUUUACAUGUUACGGUUUAUAUAUAACGUGUGAGAGUGAGGACACAAUAACACAAACACCAUUUUAACACAAUCCACUAACAGCCCUGUAACUAAAGAGCACACUGUACAGGUGCUCAUUGUGUUGAAUUAAAUAUUGACAGUUGGCUCUAUAAUUGCAAAAUAAGAGCUUAAAAAAUAAAUAUUAUGAGCUUUCUUCACAAAGGUCAUGUCUUUUCAGUGACUGUUGGAUUUCAUUAUGUUGUUGUUGUCACACAUAUUUGCAUUCCAGUCAUUUCUGCUUUAAUGUUCAGUAACACUUCUUUUUACUUUGACAUACAAAACCUGAAAUGCCAACUCUUCACUAUUGGCUUUUUAUAGUUUCGAUUUUUUUCUCUUUACUUCAAAGUCGAAGCUGUUCCUCAUCAUCAUUUGACCCAGCUCCAGGCAUUUUUGAUUUAGACUGGUUGAUUUCCCAGUCUCCUCCCAGUUUCAGACAACAUUCUGAAACAGCACUUUUUGACUGUGAAUGGUUCACGGUUUUUCCAUACCAGGACCUGAGCAGCAGCCUGCAGGUGAGACAGCAAGGAAAUCUAGGAAAUUUCCGGGAUGGGGUCCACAUUGAAGGUGAUGGUUCUGUUCCUCACACUUUGGUGCUGCUGCAGUGCUCAGAGCGUUAACUACAUAUAUCCAAAUCGAGGGAGCGUCAAUGGAGCAACACGACUCACCAUUUCAGGAACAGGGUUUGCCCAGCAGCGCCAGUUCCAGCUAAAUCCAACAGAUGACACAUCUGGAAACCGUGUGACCCUGGUGUCAAACACCCUGUCAGUCCCCUGUGAUGUGGAGAAAGGCUCAACACACAGCACCCAGAUCCUUUGUUACACCCGACCCAUGCUGAGUGAUGUCUAUUUGGUCCACGUCAGUGUGGAUGGUGUUCCCAUUCCUGACAGCAAUAUGUGUGGUGGCAUGUACAAAGGAUACCCCUGCAGCUUCUAUCCUGUCUCGUAUUCCACCCCUACUAUCUACUCUCUGAGUCCAGUCAGUGGUCCUCCAGGAACCUUGGUGACAGUGCGAGGAAAGAUCUACACUGAUGUGUAUGGAAGCAGCACGGCUGUGAGCUCAAACGGCCGCAAUGUCAGAUUUUUGAGAGCCUACAUGGGAGGAAUGCCUUGUGUGCUGCUUAAACCACAGUCAGAUGAACCAUACAACCUACACCUGGACUAUGAAACGUCUGAAUGGGGAUACAUGAGCUGCAAAAUGACAGGGACAUAUGUUGGGCAUCACAACUUCAGUUACAUUCUUGAUAAUGAAUAUGGAAGGAGUUUACCAGACAAGAAGCUGUACUGGGUUUCAGCUUUAGGCAAGCUCUCCAUGUUCCAGACUUUUGCAGAGGUGACAGGAGUCUCUCCAUCAAAGGGCAGCAUCAUGGGCGGAACACUGCUGACUGUCUAUGGCCGUUUCUUCGACCAAACUGACCAGCCAGCACGUGUCCUUGUUGGAGGCCUGCCUUGUGAAAUCCUGAGUGUGUCCGAUGGCAGCAUUACAUGUAGGACUGCUGAGCACCAGAUGAACACUGAUAUGAAGGUCUACCCAGGUGGCAGAGGCUUGAAGAUGGAGGUGUGGAACAGAACAUUUCCCAGUUACCUGACUGAUAUGGGGAGCUACAAUGAGAACACAACUGGAUACUGGUCGCAGUGGAUCGACUCCAUGCCCUCUUCCCAUGUGCCUGAAAUAGAUUAUUUCAGCUCACGAUCCAGAGGUUUCUUUGUCCCUCCAGCCACCGGCAACUAUGCAAUUUUCAUCAACUGUGAUGACUAUUGUGAGCUCUACCUCAGCAACUCCAGCCGCCCAGAGCAUAAGGUUAAAGUUGCACAUAACUUAAAUGACCUCAGGUGGUUCUGGGUACCGCAUACAAUGGAUGUAAUGGCUCUAGAAAAGGAAAAGCCCUACUACAUGGAAAUUCUGCACAAAGAAUAUACUGGUGCAGCUAGUGUCAACAUUGCCUUGUUCCAAGCAGAGAGUGCUUUUACAGAAGACCAGACAAAAGAUGCAGUCAAUGAAGUUCAGGCUAUCGUGGCUGAAUAUGAUGUAUUCAAUGAGGAACAGGUGGUUACCUUGAACUUGUGGCCCACUGCCGUCACCGCAGUCAAAGAGGUUCAGAAGGUGAGCAUCAGCAGCAGCUGUCCUCUGUGUGGGAGCCCAUUCUUCAGACUGGCUUACAAAGAUGCAAAGACUGGACCAAUCCCAGUCAGUGCCUCAGCGAACAUAGUGGAAGCAGCCUUGAACAGCCUCUGGUCCAUCACACCCGACACAGUCACGGUCACCAAACAGGUCGACAGUAAAGGAUCUCACUACACAGUCAUAUUCAACUCUGACAGAGGUGAUUUCGAACCUCUUGACUUUGAGGUUUUUAGUUCCAACGCCAACAUUUCCAUCUCUGAGGUCAUCAAGGGGAGAAGCAGCUUGAAGACCUUCACUCUGCUGUGGGGGGGAAUCCCCACAAAGCCCAUUGCCUUCGACGCAACAGAGGAUGAGGUGCAGUCGGCUCUGCACGACUUGAUGAGACCCAAGUGUCCCACUGAGAUCCUGAGCACUGAAGGCACCAAUGUGAAAUACUUCAAUGACUUUGAAAAAGUCAACUGUUGGUUUGAUAGUGGCAAGGAAGGGACUCCUAUGGAGACCUCAGGUUUUUGUGGGUUGUGUUCACUGAGGAAUGCUGAGGUUCUUUUCACGACCAGCUUCACCACAGAGUCUGGUGAUGCUUAUGGACCAGUUCCACUGGACCAGUACCCCAUGCUUUGCUUUGCAUACAAAGGAAUGUUGAAGGAUGAAGUUGGAGUGAUGUUUACUUACAGCAACAGCAAGGGCCAAGCAUAUAGGCAGAUCACAAAGGUCAACACUGCCUUCACCAAGGGCCUCAAAUGGAGCUACAAAUGCAUGGACCUGUUGAGUUCUCUGCAGACAGACUACAUUGGGAGCAAAUACAGUCUGCUGGAGUUGUACCUCUACAAAGAUGCCUCGGGAGCAGACUUCUAUGUAGAUGUUGUGCACAUUGGAAAGAAAUCCACCACAGCUGAUGAAAAUGCUGUUCCUUAUAAGAGGAGGCCCUCACUUUUUGAGGGCUCUGGUCAUUCCUUCCAGGAGAUCAUCGUUACCAAAGACACACCAGCUGUUUCACAGAUCAGCUACAGGAUCACAGCAAUGCCGAAUAAUUGUGCCUUUGGUUUUCCACUGCUAGCCGUUGGCUUCAUGCAGAUGUCUAGCAGCAGUGAGGACAUGGCUGAGUUCAGCCAAGGAGCAGCCACUGUCACCAUCACUCGCCCUCACAGAGCCACCCCUCCUCUCAAAGGCACCUUUGAUGUGGAGAUUUAUGGAGGCAGAGCUGAAGGUCUGUCUGUGGACAUCAGUGAGAAGGACCUGAAGUACGCACUGGAGGGAAUCGCAGGGAUGGGUCAGGUCAGCGUGUCAAAGCAGGGAAAUUGCAAAAACCUCGUUUGGGAGGUCAAGUGGCUCACAAAGCCUGGAGACCAGCCUCUGAUCCAGGUCGAUUCCUCGUCAGUUGUCGGAAACAAUGUAGCCAUGUCAGUCAGUGAGAUAGUGCAGGGAGGACUGUUGAUACGAAGCCUGACAGGAGAUUUCUUCCGUGUCUGGGAAACCAAACCACAGGUGGAGGUGUACAUCAAUGGCAUUCCCUCAAAGUGUUCUGGUGACUGUGGGUUUGAAUGGUCCGAGGACGCCACUCCAACUGUGACUGGAAUCAGCCCAUCCCGAGGCUCUAAUGGCCUGGGGACUCUCCUGACUGUUACUGGGACUGGCUUCAGGAGUGAAAGUGCCUCUAUCACAGUGGGAAAGGCCAUUUGUCAGGUCGAACACUUUACUGCUACCAGUCAGGUGUGCAGACUGGGAAGUGCCAAGGCUGGCACCUACCCUGUGUCAGUCAGCCUUCCCUCUCUGGGUAACGCGCACUAUGCUGGUGGCAGCAUCUUCCAGUUCACCUACCAGCUCAUUGUUUCUUCUUUCUCCCCGCUCUCUGGGGGUGUGGCAGGGGGCACCCUGCUGACAGUGACAGGUUUCGGCUUCAGCCAGAACACCACAGUCACUGUGGGCAGUGAGGAGUGCGCAGUGGUUCAUGCAAAUGACACUGAGCUGAAAUGCAGGACACCAGCUGGAACUUCUGGAUCACAGAGCGUCACAGUGAUGGUUGGAAACAUGAGUCAGACAGCCAGCGGCUCCUUCACCUACGUUAAUAACCUCAUUUCCCAGAUCACAGCCCUGAGUCCCCAGAACACCACUGUGAUUGGCUAUCGUCUUCUCACCAUCUGGGGUUCAAACCUUGGAAACAAAGACAAUGACAGCAUCGUGUUUGUAGGUGGGAAGGAAUGCGUCACCGUGCAGUGGACGACAACAAACAUCACCUGUCUCCUCCCCGUGCUGCCGCCUGGCCUGUACCAGGUGGAUGUCCAUGUUGGAAACAGUGGCUACCCCCAGAUGAGCAGUGGUGUGAAUGCCACCAUUGAAUACAUUCUGGAAAUCUAUAGCAUCUCCCCACUGUUUGGCUCUUUAAUGGGCGGAACCAGGCUGUCUGUGUCUGGCUCCGGUUUUAGCACCAACACUUCUGACAACAAAGUCUCUGUUGGAGGCGCCAAGUGUGAAGUGGAAGUUGCCUUUGAGAAUGAACUGCAUUGUGUUGUGCAGUUGGAGGAGAAGACGUACAUCGUCACAAACCAGGGAGUCGACCUUACUUAUGGACUGGGAUUUGCAUGGAGUCCUGCCUCACUCACCGUGUCUGUCGGAGACACAGUGAUGUGGCGCUGGGAGGCGCCAGCCUUCCAGAGUGUUGGCUACCGUGUCUUUAGUGUUUCCAGCCCUGGUGGCGCCGCUUAUGAAGGGGGACCAUUCACCAGCGGCGAGACCAAGACUGACAAAGGUGUUUUCUCUUACCGUUUCACUGCGCCUGGUGUAUAUUACUACAGCAGUGGUUACACAGAUGAUGCCAACCUCAGGCUGCUGCAGGGAGUAGUGAAAGUCAAGUCUUGGGAAGAGAAGAGCAGUGAGGUAUCUGUCAGCGUGGGAAGCGUGGAGGCCAGGCGUGUGACAGGAGGUUCACGUUAUGUUGCCGGGACGGCCCCACAGUGCCUUGCUUCUCCACAGUGCCAGCAGACCAAUCAGACUUCAGACAGCCUUUCAUUCAGCACCUCCGCCUGCUUCACCCCUACAGUCUACUCCAUCUCUCCCAACCAGGGCUCAUACAACCAAGUCAUCCACAUCCAGGGCAAAGGCCUCAGUGACACGGCCUGUGCUAAUGAGGUGACGAUAGGAGGUCAGCCCUGUCAGGUGAUCAACAGCUCUCAGACUGAGAUCUUCUGCCAGCUCAGUCCCAACAGCAAACUUCCCAUCGGUGUCGCUUUCCUUGUAGCCGUCAGAGUCAACAACCUGGGCAAGGCAAUCAUCAAUGUGCCAAAAGAGCUCGACCGGCGUUUUGUUGUUCUGCCUGUGGUUGACUCAGUCUUGCCUCCUGUCGGCAGCCCCACCGGCCUCACGAGGCUCAUCAUCUACGGAUCUGGCUUCUCUGGGGGACUGGUAACUGUAGCUGAUGAGCCCUGUGCUGUCGUGUCAGUCAAUUACACCUGCAUUAUCUGUGACACCUCCCCUUCUCUGCCACACACUGGUGAGGUUGUCUUCUACAAGGGCAGGAUCGAGAGCUCCUGUCAGUCAGACUGCUCCUUCAUGUACUCCUCCUCUGUCACACCCACAGUCACCAACAUUUCCCCCAAUAGCAUUGAUGGUCAAACUACUGUCACCAUCUCUGGCUCAGGGUUUGGAAGCAACGUGGAUGAUGUGGCAGUUUUCGCCAGCGGCAGUGAGCUCAAAGUCACAGCCGUGACCGAUGGCAACAUUUCAGUGAGCGUUAGCACUCUACCUGCAGGCGACUACCCAGUCAAAGUGAUUGUGAGAAGCACAGGCCUUGCAUCUGGUUAUGUCACCUUGACCAGUCGUGCCCAAGCCGUCUUGAGCCCCAUUGUGGGGAGCCUGGCAGGAGGAACCCUGCUUGUCUUUUCAGGAAAUGGCUUUGCUCCAGGGAAUACCAGUGUGAUGGUCGGUGGCCAACCCUGCCAGAUUCAGAAGGUGAUGCCAGAUCUGCUUCGCUGCCUGACGCCUCCUCACAGUGAGGGGAUGGUGACUGUCAACAUCAAGGUCUUCUUGGUGCAGUAUCCUCCUCUCAGCUUCAACUACUCUACAGCCUACACCCCUGUCAUCAACUCCAUCAGCCCCACCACUGGUAAUUAUGAUUCUUCCAUCACACUCACAGGUUCAGGGUAUGGCACCGACCUUCAGCUCAUCUCCGUCACCAUAAACAACAUCCCCUGCAAUGUGUCGACAGUGUCUGACACACAAGUUCAGUGCACUGCAGGUGACAACCCAGGAGGGGCCUACCCAGUCAUGGUGGAGCACCAGGUCAAAGGUUACACACAGUCAGAUGUCACGUUCAUAUACGAGCUGACUCUCAGCAGCGUGCAGCCCAGUGAGGGGAGUUUUGGUGGUGGAGCUCUGCUGACCCUCCAGGGUUCUGGGUUUGACCCGUUCAACUCCACUGUGAUGAUCUGCGGGAAGGAGUGUAAAGUUUACAGAGAUAUGUCAACAUCAACUUGUCUGUACUGCGAGUCCCCACUGAACAACGGCGCUCAGUCUGAGGUCAGCUGUGUGAUUGAUGUCAUUAACCAGCAGAAUGCCGUCCACGUAUCAAACGGCUUCACAUACAAAUCUCAGUUAACACCGGUGAUCACGGAGGUUUCUCCGCGCAGAGGAGGCACAGCUGGAGGCACCCGGCUCACAAUCGCCGGCUCCAGUUUCAGCACUAACAUGAAUGACAUCAACGUGACCAUCGCAGGGUCCGUGUGUGACGUCCAGUCCUCCAACAACACACACAUCAUCUGUGUGACAAACGCUCAGCAGCAGUCUCAGCAAACCAAAGUCAGAGUCAGCGUUCGAGACCAAGGCAUUGCCAAGAUGGACAAUGCUGAUUUCUUCUACAUUGACGUGUGGUCGUCUCCGUUCACUUGGGGUGGUCUGUCUCCACCUGAGACGGGCUCGUUUGCUGUCAUCACUAAAGGCCAGACCAUCCUGCUGGACACCAAUACCGCAGUGCUCAAAAUGCUCCUUAUUCAAGGAGGCACAUUGGUGUUUGAUGAAGUGGACAUCGAGCUGCAGGCUGAGAACAUCCUGAUUACGGAUGGCGGGCGGCUCCAGAUCGGCCAGGAGGGGGCACCUUUCCAGCACAAAGCCAUCAUCACACUUCAUGGACAUCUGCGCUCACCUGAACUUCCCAUCUAUGGAGCCAAGACGCUGGCUGUCAGAGAGGGGGUGCUGGACCUGCACGGUAUACCAGUUCCUGUCCCCUGGACCCACUUGGCCCAGACAGCAAACGCAGGCUCCCUCACGCUGACCCUGAUGAAGGCAGUGACAUGGAAAGUUGGAGAUGAGGUAGUCGUCGCCUCAACCGGUAACAGGCACAGUCAGGCAGAGAACGAGGUGAAGAGGAUUGCCGCCGUGUCGGCUGAUGGAAAGACCCUCAACCUGACCGAACCACUGCUGUACACUCACCUUGGGCUGACCAUCACACUGCCAGAUGGUACGUGGUUUGAGGGCCGAGCUGAGGUGGGUCUUCUCACCAGGAACGUUGUUGUCCAAGGCUCCCAGCAAGUGGAAUGGAGUGACCAGAUCAAAGCCUGUCCCGAUGGCUUUAACACAGGUGAAUUUGCCACCCAAACCUGUUUCCAAGGAAGGUUUGGAGAGGAGGCUGGCAGCGAUCAGUUUGGCGGUUGCAUCAUGUUCCACGCACCCAGGCCAAAUCAGAACCUUGCAGUCGGCAGACUGGAAUAUGUUGAGGUCUUCCAUGCUGGACAGGCCUUCAGGCUGGGACGUUAUCCCAUCCACUGGCAUCUGAUGGGAGACAUCAACUACCAGUCGUAUGUGAGGGGUUGUGCAAUCCAUCAGACCUACAACAGGGCCGUAACCAUCCACAACACCCACCGGAUGCUGGUGGAGCGCAAUGUCAUCUACGACAUCAUGGGUAGUGCCUUCUUCAUUGAGGAUGGCGUUGAGACACAGAACAUCCUGCAGUACAACCUGGCUGUGUUUGUCAAACAAAGCACCAGCCUGCUGAAUGAUGAUGUCACUCCUGCUGCUUUCUGGGUCUCCAAUCCUAAUAAUAUCAUCCGCCACAAUGCUGCCGCAGGAGGCACCCACUUUGGCUUCUGGUACCACAUGGAUGACCACCCUGAUGACCCUUCCUACAAUCCAAUCGUCUGUCCGAAGAGGGUUCCCCUCGGUGAGUUUUACAACAACACUGUGCACUCUCAGGGUAGGUUCGGCCUUUGGAUCUUCCAAGAAUUUUUCCCUGUGAAGAACGGAGAAUGCUUCAGCCAAACCCCGGAGCCCGCUGUUUUCCACUCACUCACCACCUGGAACUGUGAGAAGGGUGCUGAGUGGGUCAAUGUGGGCGCCGUGCAGUUCAACAACUUCAUCAUGGUUAACAAUGAGAAAGCUGGGAUUGAAGCCAAACGCAUCUUCCAGUGGGCUGUGAGUGGCUUUGGAGAGAAUGGAGGGGCAGCGGUGUCCAACACCACUAUUGUGGGCCACGCGGACGAGCUGGGGCUGGGAAGUGACUUCUGCACGCGCCGAGGAGUCAUCAUGCCGUUUGACGAUGGCAUGAGUGUCCUUAACACCAAGUUCCUCAACUUCAACCGCAGCUCCUGCACAGCCAUCGGUGUAACCUCAAUCGACGGGACGUGUGUGGACCGGUGUGGUGGCUGGGCCAUCAGGUUUAGUGGCAUCCGGUACGUCAACUCGCCCAACAAGGCUGGCUUCAGGUGGGAGCACGAGGUGCAGCUGGUGGACACUGAUGGCUCCCUCACAGGGAACAUCAACCACAAAGUUGUGCCUAUGAGCCCCUUGCUGGACCCAGCUCACUGUUCACAGAAAGCUGAAUGGAGCGUGGGCUUCCCCGGUGCCGUGUGCGACCACACCGUAAACUUCCAUCGUUUGGCCUUCAACAAUCCCUCACCGUCAUCUCUGUACUGGAAGAAUGUCAUGUUAACAAACGCACAUGGCACCAGUGUGCUCCCCUGUCUAAACAAGAGACUGACUCAUCCAUAUGGCUGGAUGGCCUUGAUCCCUUCACAACAGCCAUAUAACUGGUACUUUAACAAUGUGGACUAUGUCACUGACAUCAGUUACAACGCAAAAUUCUAUGGCUUCAAGCCAGAUCAGUAUGUGAUCAUCAGCCACAACUUCACUCAGACUCCAGACAGGGUUCAUAUAAUCGAUGACAGGAACGGCUCAUUGACACCGCUGAGCUUCAGCAAUAACACGAACGGAGACUGGUACUUUAACAACAGCUCCCAUAUCUUCAACUACAUCGUGUCUGGGAGGAUGAACCACCGCAGGCGCCGUAACAGUGUCGAUCGCUCCAUGGUUGAUAUUGCAGUGAACUUGGUGCUGUACCGCUGCUUCUACCCCAACUGCAUCCCCCCACCUCCACCACCCCAAGACACAUUCACCCCCUUAUUCGGUGGUCGGCCGAGUGAAAGCAAAGACACUUUUACGAGUCUGUGGUCUAAUGUAUCUUUCUGGGAAAGUUCACCUGAAAACAACUUCAAGGUACCAACAGCGGGCUCUGACGCCAUCAUCCCAUCGGGGAAGUGGAUCAUUCUGGACAUCAACACACCUCCCCUCCACAAGCUGACUGUCAUUGGAGUUCUUGAGAUCCCCGACACCUUGAACAGCUCGUCCACCUGGCAGGCUCAGGCUGCACCUCAGUACAGUAAUCUGGUGAUAGAUGCUGUCUACAUCUCCAUCCAGGGUGGAAGGCUGAUCGCAGGAUCGGCUGACAAGCCGUUCAGGGGUCAGCUGUGCAUCAAUCUGAGAGGGAACCACUUCACUCCGGAUUGGCCUCUGCCAAAUGGACCCAACCAAGGAGCUAAAGUUCUGGGUGUGUUUGGUGAACUGGAGCUGUACGGACAACCCCGCAGUGUUUACCACACCAAACUUGCUGCCACUGCUGAUGCCGGGUCCAACACUCUGAACCUGGCGCAGUCUGUCGACUGGCAGGUUGGAGACGAGGUUAUCAUCUCCACCACCAGCUACAGCGCGUGGGAGACAGAAAAGCGACAGAUCACCAAUGUGUCAGCAGACGGCCUUGUUCUAACCCUGAACCAGCCUUUGACCCACACUCACAUUGGUGAGACCCACUCUGUGGCAGGUUCCUCUCUGUCCUACACUCUGGCCGCUGAUGUCGGUCUCCUGACCAGAAACAUCAAGAUCAUUGGUCAGGAGUAUCCAGAUAUGAUGAGGGAGUCGUUUGGAGCGAGAGUGUUGGUCAGCACUUACCCUUGGGCUGGAACCAAAGGCAGAGCUCAGAUCAGGAACGUGGAGUUCAUCCACUCUGGCCAGGAAGGCUGGACCGAUGACACCGACCCUCGCUACUCUGUGGCCUUCCUCAACCUGGGAGAGGUUUCAGGAGGAGACUCGUACAUUCAGGGCUGUGCUUUCCAUGACGGCUUCUCCCCAGCCAUCGGAGUCUUUGGAACAGAUGGACUGAAAGUCGAUGAUAACAUCGUCCACCAUGCUGUUGGAGAAGGUAUCAGGAUUUGGGGCAACAGUGUAACAGUGAGGAGGAACCUGGUGACAAUGACAUUAUGGCCUGGAUCAUAUCAGGGCAGAAACGAGGUGUCCAACUUGGACUGGAACGCUGCCAUCGAGGUAAACAAAGGGAGAAAUACUGUGAUGCAGCAUAACAUCGUGGCAGGUUAUGAGAGAGUGGCGUACCGCAUCAAUGGUGAACCAUGCCCAGGUUAUCUGAAUGAAAAUGAGAAGUGGUCUAACAACGAGGCUCACAGCGGUCUGUUUGGAGUGUUUCUCAACAAAGACGGUUUGCCCGGCUGCACUUUCAUCCAGGGAUUCUUCAUCUGGAGGAGCUUCGAUUACGGCAUCUACUUCCAAACCAUCAUGAAUGUCAUUGUUUCCAACGUGACCCUGGUGGAUAACGGGAUGGGCAUCAUGCCCCUUAUCUAUGCUCCUCCUUCUGUCUCCCAUGCAUAUGUUGAUAAAACAGUACAAAUCCAGAAUGCCUUGAUUGUUGGCAGCAGCCCAAACUUCAAGUGUUCAGACACUUUGCCCACUGAUGACUUUAAUAUUGCCAGCAGCAAUGAACAUCGAGCCCCCAGGCCUCUCACAGGGGGCAGAUCCGGAAUCUGCUGGCCGACUUUUCAGUCUGGACACAACAGCGCUCCUUACAUGGCCUAUCAUGAGAAUAGCAACUACAAUUCCAUCAAAGGACUGAUGACUGUCAAGGACACAACAUUUAUCAGUUUCCGAAAUGUGUGCUCCAGCGAGACAAAUGUCAUGUUCAUCAGCAACCCGCAGAGCGAGGACCUGCAGCACCCUGUGCAGGUCUCAGGCAUCCGGGUGUUUGACAGCACGGAGAACGCUCAAGUCUUUGUUCACAGGCCUGAUCUGGGUAAAGUGAACCCCUCUGACUGCGUGGAUAUGGACUGCGAUGCCAAGAAGAAGAGCUUGCUGAAGGACCUGGAUGGCUCGUUCCUGGGAGCAGUGGGAUCUGUGGUGCCUCAGUCUGAGUAUGAGUGGGGAGGUGAUCCGAGGAGGGGACUGGGUGACUAUCGCAUCCCCAAAGUCAUGCUCACAUCCCUCAGUGGCAGCCGCAUCCCUGUGAACCAGAUCGCUCCAAACAAAGGUGUGAUCAGGAAAAACUGCACAUACAUGAAUUCCUGGCAGUGCUACAAGUGUUUUGGGCUGAACUACAAGAUGCUGGCGAUUGAAAGUCUUGACUCUGACACAGAGACCAGGCGCCUGUCCCCCAUCGCCGUGCUCGGAGACGGCUUUGUGGAUCUCAUCAACGGGCCUCAGGAUCACGGUUGGUGUGCGGGAUACACCUGCCAGAGGAGACUGUCUCUCUUCCACAGCAUCGUGGCCACCAGUCACUCCUUUGACAUCUACUUCACCAGCGUCAGCCCUCAGAACCUUCGCCUCAUGUUGCUCAACGCUGAUCCAUCGGAGAGCAUCAUGGUUUCCAUCUUCUACUCCAAGCCUCAGCGGCUGGAUGUGUACGUUGACAACAAGCUGGUGGCACCGACUAAUGCUGAGUGGAACACUGAUAAAACUGACUACACCCUGAAGAAGCCUUCUUAUACAGGUCAAUACGUCCCUCAGCUGAACUCUACUUUGGGCACCAACUACUUCGACCGGGACUACAAGAUGCUGAAAGUCGUGCUGGCAGGCUCCCAGCCGGCAGAGAUCCGGACCGCUCCAGUUCUCUUCAUUUCCUUUGGGCUGCCUGCCAUGACCGAGGAGCAGUUCUUUGGAGAAAACCUGAUCCAGAACCUCGCUUUGUUUCUCAACAUUCCCCCAAACAUGAUGCGGAUCUCCAAGAUUGUCAGGGCAGAUGGAGGUGCACAGCGCAGGAAGAGGUCGACGGGUCUGACGGUGGAGGUGGAGAUCAAGAAACCUCCAGUCCUGCAAACCACCAACAGCACCAACAAUGAGCAGGAUUUUACUCUGCUGAAGAACAUUGCUAAUAAUCUGGGUCAGGCAGCAGUUUCUGGAAACCUCAGUCAGUCCCUUGGCUUUAACAUCUCUUCGAUUGGCAUUAUCCCUCCUCCUCCUCCGUCAUCUGACCCCAGCUGGAAUGAGGUGGCCACAGCAGAAGUGACAAGGGCGGACCCUAAAGCAAGCUAUGUGUCCAGCGUGGCCAACCUGCUGCUGAUAAAGGAGCCGAUAGCCGGGGAGUCUGUGGGUCCCCUGUACCAGCAGCCCAGUCUGAUGGCCGUGGAUGCACAGGGUAAUUGUGUCUCUGUGGGAGUGACAACUCUCACUGUUACAGCCAGUCUGAAGGAUGUCAGUGGAAACAACAUGGAUGGACUUGAAGGAAACACCACCAUCCUGUUCAGCGCCUGCUGGGCCAACUUCACCAACCUGUCCAUUCUCAAAAGCAGUGAAAACCUGAAGAUGGUCUUCACGCUGAUGCAGUGGGGUGUUGAGUCACGUUCCUUCAAUAUCAAAGGCACCCUGACCACCGACACCCCGACGACCGGCAGCAAUGUCACUGAGCCAAUGGCCACCACUGACAACAGUGUCAUGGGCUCCAGCAGCACUGUGUCUGCCAGCAGUCUGUGUCUGCUCGGCAUUGUCUACGCUGUGGCCUGCUGCUCUGAAGACAUCCCCAUAUGGUAGAUAGCUCUGUCAAAGCUGCUCAGGGAAGAGGAGUUUAUGAAGGAUAACUCUACAUAUAUUCACUUUAACAUCAGCAUCUGUUUAGUAAAACAAAUGUGGAUUUUUUUUCUGUUUCUAUGGGCUCUUUUGUGUCAUAUCUAAAUGUCUGUUUGACAUCAGGGGCCAGAUCCAUACUGACUUCCUUUUUGAAAUUUGAAUCAAACAAGCAUCGGUUUAAGUUUCUGUGGAACUAUGUUCUUUUUACAAUAAAUUCUA